AGGAUGGAAAAUCAGAGUUGUGCAUCUGAGUUCAUCCUUUUGGGGCUCCCCAACUGGACAGAGAAACAGAGCCUAUAUUUUAUUCUUUUCCUGGUCAUGUACCUCAUCACUGUGCUGGGGAACCUACUCAUCAUCUUGCUCAUCAGACUAGAAUCUCGUCUCCACACCCCAAUGUACUUCUUCCUCAGUCACCUGGCACUCACCGACAUCUCUUUCUCUUCAGUGACAGCUCCCAAGAUGCUCUACAAUAUACAGACACAGAGUCAAUCUAUCUCCUAUGCUAGGUGUGUUUCCCAGAUGCAUUUCUUUGUAUUUUAUGGAGAUAUUGACAGUCUCCUUCUUACCUCCAUGGCCUAUGAUAGGUAUGUAGCUAUAUGCCACCCCCUCCACUAUACCACUAUCAUGAGUCAAAGCCUAUGUUUCUUGCUGGUGAUUCUAUCCUGGGUCUUGUCCUGUGCUAGUGCCCUUUGCCAUACCCUGCUGCUGAUUCGUCUCUCUUUUUGCAGAGACAACAUUGUCCCCCACUUCUUCUGUGACCUCUCUGCCUUACUUAAGCUGUCCAGCUCAGAUACCACAGUCAAUGAAAUAGCUAUCUUCACUGUGGGCACAGCUGUCAUCACUGUACCAUUUAUAUGCAUCAUGGUUUCUUAUGGCCGUAUUGGUGCCACCAUCUUGAAAUUUCCCUCUGCCAAGGGGAUCUAUAAAGCUUUGUCCACCUGUGGUUCACACCUCACUGUGGUGUCUCUCUACUAUGGAUCAAUUAUUGGACUGUAUUUUUUCCCCUCAUCCACAAACUCUAAUAACAAAGAUGUUAUAGUGGCUGUAUUGUACACUCUGGUUACUCCCAUGCUGAACCCUUUUAUUUACAGUCUGAGAAAUAGGGAUAUGAAAGGAGCACUGAGAAAUAUACUCAAUAGAGCUAUAUUUUCACCAAAAUGA